GAGUACAAAUACUUCCAGAGAAUGACUAGCACAUCCCAUGUGGAAGGUAAACAGAAUGCACUGAUAAUGGGUAGAAAGACCUGGUUCUCCAUUCCUGAGAAGAAUCGUCCUUUAAAAGACAGAAUUAAUAUAGUGCUCAGCAGGGACCUCAAGGAAACCCCAAAAGGAGCACAUUAUCUUUCCAAAAGUCUGGAUGAUGCUUUAGCUCUUCUGGAUUCACCAGAGUUGAACAGGAAAGUAGACAUGGUUUGGAUCAUCGGAGGCACUUCAGUUUACAAGGCAGCAAUGGAGAAGCCAAUUAAUCAUAGGUUAUUUGUGACAAGAAUUUUGCAGGAAUUUGAAAGUGACACAUUUUUCCCAGAAAUCGACUACAAAGACUACAAACUUCUCACAGAGUACCCAGGUGUCCCUGCUGAUAUCCAAGAAGAGAAUGGCAUCCAGUACAAAUUUGAAGUGUACGAAAAAGCUGUCUUGGCACAAUAAAUGAGGCUUUCUGUACUUCUGUGUAAGGGCAGGCAUUUUAAA